UUGGCGGCAUGGUAUUCGGGUUCUUUUCAUUUAAAAGGACCCGGGACUUCGAAAAACCUGAUUUUAUCAGAAUACCCUGUGUUUCUUGUCUACCAGGCCUGAAAACCCGGGACCGAUUUGGAUUUAAACUAGGGCAGCACCCAAAGCCUUCGGGGCGGGAUCGGCGGGGAUCAGGGUUUGUCGGGGUAGAGUCUUCGGAGAUCGGGUCGGGAGACGGAUGAUACCCUAAUUCAAACUCUAAAAAUAAAUUCCAAAUAGAACAAGUACAUAGUUUAGGAGGAA